CCUCUCAUUUUCGCUCUGACAAUGGUAUAAGAAUGACAAAUUGUCAUUUGCUAUUUAACUUUAUUAACGAAGAGGUUAUCAUCAAGAAAUCUGUCAUUUUUUAUUAUAUAAUUAAUAAGCAGAAAAAAAUAAAGAUUAGCAAUUGCGCAACUGAAUUGAAGUGACUCAUCUCUAAGAUGUUUUCAAGUGGGCCGAACUACACAAAGUUAAAGACACAUUUACGUCUAGCGAUUAACCGGCUAAAAUUACUGGAGAAAAAGAAGACUGAGCUGGCGCAGAAGGCACGUCGCGAAAUUGCUGAUUAUAUUGCUGCCGGGAAAACGGAGCGCGCUAAAAUCCGAGUGGAGCACAUUAUCCGCGAGGAUUACAUGGUGGAGGCAAUGGAACUGCUCGAGAUGUAUUGCGAUUUGCUGCUUGCACGUUUUGGUCUCAUUCAGCAAAUGAAAAAUCUCGAUGAUGGUCUGGCAGAAGCAAUAUCCACUAUUCUUUGGGCAGCACCCCGUAUCCAAACAGAUGUGCAAGAAAUUAAAGUGAUAGCAGACAUCUUAACAUCCAAAUAUGGCAGACAAUAUACAGAAGCGUGCCGAGAGGAAGCAAUUCAGACAAUAUCAGAAAAAUUGAAGCAUAAGAUGAGUGUGCAGUCGCCUUCAAAAUUGCUCGUGGAAAAAUAUUUGAUCGAAAUUGCUAAAAAUUACAACGUGGAGUAUGAACCAGAUCCACAAGUGAUGGCAGAAGCCCAGGAUGCAAUGUUAAUAGAUAUAGCUAAUGGAGGAGAAUCAAGAAACAAUUUAGAUACUGCUAGUGGAGGAAUACCUCAUCCACCUGGUUUUAUAGGUUUUCCACAGCCACCUUUGUUACCUGUGGAUCUUGGGUCUCACUCAAAUGUAGGAUUCAGAAAAGGUCCUUUAUCUAUGGGAUUUGUGUCUCCAACAUCCCCUUCAAGAAAAGAUCAGAAUACGCCUUUCAAUCCUGCUUCAUAUUCUUACAACAUACCUUUGGAUAAUGCUAACUCAAAUAAACCGGAAGAUUUACCACCACCAUACCAAUCUGAUUUUCCACCUGAUUUAAACAAACAGUCGGACGAAAAACCGAAACCUCAACCAAGAUCUAAGAUGCCAAUGAACAACUAUCAGCUCCCAGAUCUACCGGCAGUACCAACAGAAAACAAUGAUCCGUCUGUAAAUCCUUCCGAGAAUGAUGAUAUUGAUUUCGAUGAUUUGAUGAAGCGAUUUGAAGAUUUAAAGAAAAGGAAGUAACGCUUAUUGUAUAUAUGAUAUUCGAAAGAUUUAUUAUUUUAUCAUUUUAAAACGAUAAUGAUGUAUUUAGUAUGUCUUUUAUAAAAAAAGGCCUAUUAUAUAAGGUAUAUAUGCUUUUGUGAUAAAAAAAAGUGAAAAUAAUAAUUAUCUAUAUGAGAA